CAUUGGAAGUUUCACUCGCCUCCUCGGUAUUUCGUUCCGUUCAGUGUGAUACGAGCAAUUGCUUAGUGCACGUUAAGUUGCAGAAGCUCGAGAACUCGAUUAAUUCACGGCUGAUUGUGACCGUAUUCGACGUAAAACUUAAGACAAAAUAUGAACAUGCCCGAUAAUUUCUAGUGACAAAUGAUUUUCUUGUUUAUGGUGAUUUUGGAUUUUUGUUUGUUGGUUUCUGGUCUGGAUUAACGUUCCUUACGAAUGUUUGCUUGAUGGUUUGGACUCGCUAAUGGAAGGGACGCCACUGCACAAACUUAAACAAGCUGAUUUUUUAAUUCCGGACACAUGAUCAGUCUAAUUAAAAGGAUCCUAAUUGCAGUUGAGAAUAUUUCGUUUAAGAUUACUACCCUCAAUACAAUGCUUUACCUACUUCUUCUGGCCGUACUUCUUCCGAGCUUUGGCAGUGCAGGCAGUAUGCUGGGUUGCCCAACAGGAUGUAUGUGCAAUGAUGAUACCUUCGUGGUGCAGUGCGAAAGAAGCAAAUUGGAUGUUAUACCAAUCACACUAAAUCCAGCAAUUCAGAGGCUUGUGCUUAGGAAUAAUAAAAUUAAAACGGUCGAUGCAGCAUUCCAGUUCUACAGAGACUUGCAAUAUGUGGAUCUUUCCAGCAAUCAUCUGGUUAAUAUUCCGACAAAGAGCUUUCUGCAUCAAGAAAAGCUGCAGGAAUUGCACCUGAAUAAGAACAAGUUGUCCUCAGUGAACAACAAAACGUUCCAAGGACUGAAGUCGCUGACUGUGUUAAAUUUGCGGGAGAAUUUCCUGGAAGAGUUAUCGAAAGGUAUUUUUUCCAUACUGCCUAAGCUGGAGGAGCUCAAUUUGGGUCAAAACCGAAUAGCCAAAAUCGACGCCUUGGCAUUCGAUGGAUUGCAGAGCCUCAGAGUUCUGUACCUGGACGACAACCUUUUAUCUGUGGUUCCAACUAGUGCAUUUCCAGUCAUGGGAAGUUUAGCAGAGUUGCAUGUUGGCCUUAACACCUUCAAUUCCCUUCCGGAUGAUGCAUUUAAGGGUCUGAGCAAGCUCUCAGUCUUGGAUGUGGCUAGUGGAGGCAUCACCAACAUCAGCGAGCACGCUUUCAGAGGUUUGUCAGGACUACGAAACCUAAUACUAGCUGAUAACCGCCUGCAGCAAAUCCCUACUAGCCAACUGGGUUACCUCUCAAGGCUCGAGGAACUAACAAUUGGUCAAAAUGAGUUUGCCACCCUCCCGAAGGGAGCUUUCAAGGGGCUGACCAAUCUUAGAAAACUUGACAUUACUGGAGCUAAGAAUCUGGAGCAUAUAGAGAAGGGCGUGUUUAGUGACAAUAUGAAUCUGGAAACAAUUGCGUUGGUUAGCAAUAAGAAGCUGGAAAACCUUGAUGAGGGAGCCUUGGUGGGAUUGCCCAAUUUGCGGCAUUUAGUGUUACGUGAGAACGCGUUUAAAAGUUUACCAGAAUCCGUAGUGUCGUGGAACGAGUUACGGGCUUUGGAGCUCACUGAUAACCCCAUCAACUGUGACUGUCAGCUAUUAUGGCUUCUGAAUCUAGCCAAUCAGAAAAACCUCACGAAUGUGCAGUGCGCUAGUCCGAUUCACUUAAGGGACAGGCCGUUGAGAAGUCUCACUAGCGAUGACUUGGGAUGUUCUUUCGGAGACCCCAGUCAGCAAGUGAUAAUAGUCACGUUUUGUGUCAGUGCCAUAAUCUUACUGGGAGUGCUUGGUCUGUUUUUGUUUCGGUAUCGGUUAAAAGUACGCGAUGCGCUGAAGGACUAUAAGUUCAACAAGAGGGCGAUAAGUCGGAAGGAGCACGAAUACCAGAAGACGUUCUCCGAGGAUGAGUACACGCUCCGCACCGGCCAGUUGCCCAUCAAACAUAUUCCGGUGACUGAGUUGUAGCUAGAGUUGAGCGCGCCGCCCUCUGGGGUAUUUUGUCUGGAGGGCGAAGGGCGGCGUGCUCGAGGCGCGCGGGGUCCAGGUGGGACUCUUCCCGUCACUGGUUUCACAUACAUCCGAACCGGUGAGACCUGCAGGGCGCAUUCUUUGAGGACUCUAAACGUCGAUGUGUCGAGUGCGAGAAACGGGUAUCCCCAGUGCCCAGUCGAUUUGUUCCCCCACUAAGAACUUCAAAAGGUGUCGUACUGUAGUAGCCGACAUGGACUACCGCUAGCGAGCAAUAAACGAAUGAAUCCAUUCCAAUAUGUGAUUUUUUACGAAAUAGAAAGACUGUACAGUAGAAGAUAAGUAUAUUUUUGUCUGCAAAACGUUGGGUAGAUGCGGCUGCCCUUUUAUCUCAUAAGAAUUCUGUGAUACUGGGUGAAUUUGCCGUUAGCUGUGUAACUAUAGAAUUUGCAAGGAAAUAACUAGGGUUCGCUGGAAUGUUCGCGGUCUCAAUAAAAUCGAUCGACGAUUCAAUACGCCGCGCCCAUUAUAGCCUUAUUCUAGUCAUUUUCUUCAAGUAUCACAAGUUCAAGUGUCAUAUUGAAUUACUUGUGAAAUAAAAAUUAACGCACUGAUCAAAAUUCAGGUUACCAAUUUCGACUCGUUUAUUUCUGAAAGGCUGUUUAUCAAGUUUCGAGUGCAUUACUGUACCUACCAUUAUCACUUCGUAGUUUUUAAUGGAAAACUAAUUGAAGUGAGUCGAAUACAAAAACUGAGCAUCCUUAUGUACUUUCGGUAUCUUAUUUAAGAGCACUUACAUUCUACUUAAUAAUUAUUUGUUCGGCCCAGUCAUUUUAAAAGUAUUACGAAACUAUGAAAAUGACAGAAGGGAGAUGAAAUCAAUGUGUUCGUUUCGGGUAUACAAUACGCUUUUACACUGGGACUAUCAGAUUUCUUUGGUCUCGUUUUAACGAAAGAAUGGCAUUAGCACUUUAAUUAAUAGGUGUUUUUUUGGCUGUGUAUAUGCUGGGUGUCCAAGAGACUGGAAACGGUUGAAUAUCUUGAAAUUAAGUUUUUUAUAUACCUAGAAAGCUCCACUUGUAAAAUACAAUUGGAAAAUGUACGGGAUUCAAAAUUGGCGCAAUUCCUCUAGAGGUCAAGGCAGUACAGGAAGAAGAGUAAGCAAAUGUUUCUUAUGUCGGUUUACACUAUCAACUUUUUCACAAUUUAUUGCCCAGAAAAAUUGAACAAUUUAUUUAAUGGCCGUCAUCGACUUUACACUUGGAUAUCGUUCUCACAAUAGAUAGGAGCAAUUUUAGUAAAACUGACAUAAUGUUUAAUAAUUUAAACUAACAGUAAAUUUCACAAUUUCAAUAAUUAAAAUAACAUAUCCCCUAAUUCUUUGUCACUUUACUUCGAGAAUCGCUGCCAGCAUAGUCAUUGCACAGCUUAUAUACUUAUGCAAUUCAGUAUUUCUACGCCUUAUUUGGGUCACCCUGUACAUCCAGCAAUUCUAAAGGGCAAGCAACUUAGCUUGAGCUUCCUCGUUCCUCGACAAUUAUUUAAAUUAUUAAACGGGAACGACCUCUUGUAAUUGUAAAUUUGCAUUCUCGGUCGAAAACUUUAAUUUUAUACCAGUUUUCUGAUUUAUGCGAUAAUAAUUUAAAAAAAAAACGCUUUUUGCAAUUGGAGCAGUUACACAAUUAUGCAAUUACAGUUUUUUGUUCUAAUUGCUUAAUAUUUUUUCAGUUUAAAAUUCUUAAGUUCAGAGUUAGAACUAGGCUUUUUUAUUUACAUCUAAAAUUUACUAAAAACACUUGCGCUUUCUUUACACAUUGAUUAAAAAAUGCCAUAAACGAAAAAUGGAGCCUGGAUACUUUAACAAAGGUUAUUUGAAAAUAUCCAUACUAUUUCUUCAAAAAAUCGUCCAAUAAGUAGAUGAUAUUUUCAUACAAAAUAAGAUGAAUUGAUAAUAGAAGCUCGAUUGAGGGGCCACCAGGAUAUCCCGAUGUAACACCUUGAAACUUGCAAUGAAACGGCUUGAAAAACAAAGUAUUUGACCACAGUUGUAGAUUGGAAUGCAAAUAUACCAUCAAGUGAUUUAAUUUUUAUUUUAAAAUAUUGCUUUUUCGAAAUAUUCGUGUUUCCCGGCAUUUAACAUGUUUUUUCGAUAUUUUCAUGUGUUUCCAGACAUUUAAGACACCUUGUAUAUACGGCCGUUGGUAACGAAUAUCUUUUGCCGGUUCCAAAACUAGGUGUGAUUAUCUUACAAUUUUAUAAAAUACACUUAAUUGUGUUUCCGAAUCCGCCUAGAUGACAUUUUUUAAAUUGCGACAUUACGUACUAAAGUCGGAUUGCACUUAAUUGUUCGAAACAUUUAUAAUACGCAUAAUAGCUACGUAUUUCUACCUGUGCUUUAAGAUAUAAACGUUAGUUUACACUUUGAAGGACAAAAAUCUUGGAAAUAAGUACUAAAUAUAUAUUUUUAUUUGAAGAAUAUUCAGUAUUUAUCUAAACUCUUGAAGUCUUGGGUCGAAUCAAUUUAAUAAGCUCGUUUGUAGCUGUAAAAAUAAUAAUGUCAACGGUAAAAUUUCCAUUUGUACCUUAAGAGUUUUACAAAGAUUUCAAAGGAGAGAAACAUCUGCCAGAUAUUAUAUUCAAUAGGAAGAAUUUACAAUUCGACUGGAAUCUGGAUCUCUAUCGAUUAAAAUACGAUUUCAUCUACUCUCAUUCAUAGGAAAAGCUUAAGUGUAUUAAACUUGUAUAGAUUCUUCAAAAAUGUUUAAAAACUUCUGUUGGCAUUUCAGCUCGUUGCCGCAAUUUUUUUUCCAAUUAUUUUAAUAGCUGUUUUUGUUAGUAUUCUCCAUAACGGAAUUGUUUGGUCGAAACAUCUACUUAUUAGUAGCCAUCCCAACCAAACUACAAAAACUACAUUUUUAUGGGCGUUAUGAUUUGUGAAUAAUGCAACCCAGGACACGAUUUUGUGUAUUAAUUUAUAAUUAUAAUCCGAUUGAAGUCGCGCUCGCAUGUUGUAAUGGCUCUCAACAAAAAGUCUAUGUAAUUUAAUGUAAUAUACAUAUUUUCAACACGCUGAUUGUGAUAUUAGGUGGCUAAAGUUGUUUAUUUUCUUUUUUUGUAUUAUCCAAGUUUUUAAUGAAAAUAUAUGUUGUGUUUUAUUAUGUGUUGUGUUUGAAUGUUCAACAGCCACAAAAUGACACAACGAAUUUAUAAAUACAUAGUUAGAAUGCCAGGUUUGGUAUUUUCAGAUUGUUUUGAGAAUAUUUAAACCCUCGUAUUAUGUAAAACUAUGCAAUAUUUCAUUUUAAUAAGACACCUAAAUGUAUAUAUUUUCACCGUUCACAGCGUACCGUUUUAGUUCACAAAAAAUUGAUGCAGUGCGAAUUUAUUUGCUUUAAAGAUACUUCAGAUAGUAAGCCUUAUUCGUACAUUGUAUUUCUAAGACCCAUAUGGACGAGUUCAAAAUUAAACUUUAAAAGUGCAAAUAACCAAACAGUUAAAGUUGCUAAGUAUCAAUAUUACGAAAUUAAAUACCAAUUAUUGUAAUUAAAAUUUUACGAUUAUUAUGAAUAUGUAUAAAUGUAAAUAACUAUUAUGUAAGAAUCCACCCAUAUGGUUAUUAAAUACAAAUGUUAUUAUUUAUUUUACCAGUUUCAAUGUAAAAUAUAAUUAUUUGGUUCACUUUUGUGUAAGAAAGUUAUCGUCGGUUCUUUGUUUAAACCUAAUUAAUUAAAUGUAAUUUAUUUCAGUUUAAAUGUUUUUUUGUAUAUAAACAGAUGAAAUUCAUAAGUAUGGGAUUAACGGAUAUGCCUCUAUUACAUUUUUAGAAUAGGCAGCUAACAACAUUUCUUGAGCUAGUCAUAUUAUAAAUUAUUUUGAUGAAUGUAUGUGUGACAAAAUGUAAAUUUUCUUAUUAGAAUUUUAUAUUAUGUAAAUAUUAGCAUAGGAGGUUUUGUACAUACCAAAUUUAUCCUAUCAUACUUAUUUGCAAAUAAAUGAUUUCAAAUAUUAA